AUGACGCCGUCACACGCGAACCUUUCUACCAGAGGCGAGUUAUUCGCUUCACCUGCCUACAGACAAUCGCUGCUGGAUAUACUGAGUGACUUAUGGCAUCCCGAGACAAAGAGUAGCGGUUACACUCUCAUGCAUAAAGAGUUGAUUCAACAUAUGACACAAAAUGUAAAACCCCCGUCUCAUCAAUAUUGGGUACAUGCUAAUGGCUUCAAGCUCACUAUCACCAGCCACUCACUUACUUGCGGAGACGGCUUCUCUGGCUCCCAUCGCCUACGAGAUGUCCUUGCGCGAUUUAUCAAUCGGAACUUCAAUCCUCACGAAGCCGUGACCAACGACCAGCUUAUCAUUACUUCAGGUGUAGGUCGGGCGAUUGAGCUCAGCGGCUUCUCGCUCUGCGAUAAAGGUGAUGGUGUUUUACUUGGUAGGCCUCACUACGGGAACUUUCCAAUCGACUUUGGCUAUCGAGCUGAGGCGAAAAUUAUCGGCGUGUCUUUUGGAGAUGUAGAUCCGUUCAGUAUUGAGGCUGUAGAGCUCUACGAGAAGACUCUCACCGACGCGCAAGACCAGGGAAUUCGUGUCAAGGCUUUGCUCCUAUGCAACCCACAUAACCCUCUAGGUCGUUGUUACACUCCCGAAGUCCUACAAGCAUACAUGAGGCUUUGCCAAAAACACAGCCUUCACCUCCUUAGCGACGAAAUCUACGCCUUGUCAGUUUGGGAAAACGACAACGUUCCCGAAGCACCUGGAUUCACGUCAGUUCUCUCAAUCGAUACGAAUGGGUUGAUCGACGUGAAUCUUGUCCAUGCUCUAUGGGGAAUGAGCAAGGAUUUUGGUGCAAACGGCAUACGAAUUGGUUGCCUGAUCACUCGCAACGAGGCCUUCAUGCGUGCCUGUGUAGCAAAUUCCGAUCUCUCCGGACCUUCAUCACUAUCUGACCUUGCUGCCGCGAGCAUCCUCUCGGAUGAUGCAUUUCUCGAAAGCUUUAUCAAGACAAAUCGGCUGCGGUUGGCAGAAAACUACAAGAUAGUAACUGAGUUCUUGACUAACCAUGAUAUUCCCUACAAAGAAGGAUCUAACGCGGGGCUGUUUGUAUGGGCUGAUUUGUUUGCACCUAACAGUGCAUUGAUAAACGACUCGGUGAUGAAGCAAGACGACGCAGGAGCUGCUUUGAUGACCAUGGAGGAAAAUAUGACGGAGAUCUUGUUGAAGGAAAGAAUCUUUGUUGCUUCUGGCGGUGACUUUGGGACUGAUGUGUCUGGCUGGUACCGCAUCGUCUUUGCUCAUGAAAGGACGUAUCUACUGGAGGGACUUGAACGAAUUGUUAGGGCUGUCAAAAAGUUUUGCCGCGACUCGAAGGAUUACUAA